AUGGCCGACAAAAUUCCAUAUGAAUUCGUCCCCGUGUACAUGCUCACGAAACUCACCGACGAAGAGGAGAAAACCUUUGUAUCGAUCAUUGCAGCGCGGGAGGAAGGCGUCGCCGAGGAGGACGACUAUGUCCGACCAAAACUCGUUUACUGGACCGCUGACGCGGAUGGAACCAUUGAAAACGAUCUCGUACCAUUGCACAGGAAGCUCGAAGCGGAAAGCGAGCUAGAUUAUCACUCUUUCUUCUUCUACGCUGAUCGCAAGAGUGUCGAGGACGGCGGGACCAUUCUUGCGAGUCGCGAUUGGGGCACCCUUUGCAUCUCCAAGACGGCGACGCAGAAGUUUACCAAGUUUUGCAAAGAGAAGGAUAUCAAACUUCCCAGGGGCGGUUGGAGCCACAUUGAUGGUUUGAUUGUCAACUUGACGAAGGACAUCAUCACCUGGGGUGUGACGUGGGGACGUCAGCCGGGGCCGCAAUGGAAAUCAAGCCACCAGAACCUGGAUCUUGCGAAUAUGCAAAUGUCGGAGCUUAUCGAGAUGCACGGCGAACAAGUCCAGAUUCUGGAAGAUGACGAAUGGGAUGCACAGGGCUUUUCAGAGAGGCUCCGGAAAGAACUGGACAAGAUCAAGGACGAGCUCUAG